AUGGAGCAGCUCCCCAGCCCCCCGCUGCCCGCGUCCCCCUCUGUCCCCCCCGUCCCCUCCGUCCCCGCCACCCGCGCCCCCGUCCGUCCCCUCCGUCCCCGCCGCCCGCACCCCGCGACAGCGCAGCGGCCCGGGCAGGCCCGGCUGCUCAGCAGAACCCGCCCCCGCCCCGCCCCUCCCUGGGAUGCGAGGUGUCACGUGGCCCUGCGGCCCCGCCCCCUUUCCCGCGCGCGGUCCCGGUGCGGCGGGCAGCCAUGGCGGGGCGCGGGGCUGCGGAACGCGUGCUCCCCGCUCUGCCCCGCCUGCAGCCGCUUUCCACGGCCCGGCGCCCGCCCGCGCCGUGGUUCGAGGACCUCCAGGCUGCCGCCGGGACGGCUCCGGGCUGGCGGCGGGGCCGCCCCGAGCGGCAACUUUCGGCCCCGGGCCUCAGCCGCCCGGUCGCUCACGGAAGCUAGGGGAGAUGCUGGUGGCAGCGGAGCUGAGGGGCCGGCGGGCCCCCACUUUUGCCGCGACCGCCACGACCUCCUCGUCCACCUGAAGCGCCUGACGAAGGGCAACAAGGCGAAGAUGGCAGCGGGCCUGGAUGUGACCAGCCGCCCACCCAACCGCUUCCAGCGCUUGCUUGGCACGCCACUGAACGGGCAGCCGCUGCCUCCGCCCUCGACGCUCAGCAAUGCCAACAGGCCUGGUGAGUCGGAGGGGGCCGUGUGGGGCCUUG